AUGCUAAUUCGUACAAAUAUUUCUUUAAAUAAUCAUACAGUUUGGUGUUAUUGCUCUAUUUGUGGUGAAAGUGGAAAAGUUGUGAGUACUCAAACAGAAAGAUUACAUAGACAAGAAGAAUUUGGAAGAAUAAAUCAUUCUAUUGAUAAUAGUCAGGAAGAAACUAGAGAGCCAUUAUUAUCUACUAGUCAAAGCUUUAAUUUAUCAAUAUCAUCUGCUGAAGAUUUAACUACAUUAUUUUUAGCAAGUAAUAUUGAACAAAGAAUUGACAAGAAGGAGAAAAUGAAGGAGAAAAUGAAGAAUUCUUCUGAAGAAGAUAGUGAAACUGAAACUGAACAAAAAAAUGAUUUUGAAGAUUCAUCAUUUAUAAGAGAUACUGGACUACUUGAUAAUAUAAAAUUAGAAGAUAGUGAUAUUGAAGAAGAAACAAUUUUAAGCUUUAAAAAUACUAAAACAUAUACUUAA